UCGAGCGCCAUGGUAUGUAGACCCGCCAUCGACCAGUUCUAGUCCCGAUUGCGAUUCCAAAUAUAAGUCCAAAUCCUUACUUUUACAAAGGCAUAUCACAAAGCCAGGAUCCGAGGUUCUAUACAAAAACCGGUUCUGGCUGUGGUACUUGUUGUACUACUCACUGCAAUUUAUGUUCGGACUGUGCGCCGUGCUCGUCAGCCUGGGUGGGACCUUGAUGCAAAUCAUAGGUGUGUACCGCACCAACAUAUGCUUCAUCAAUGCACAUCAUUGGUUGGAACCGAAAGAAAGGCGGCCGCCGGUUAUGCUAUCAGUAAACAGCCGGGAGAUGAUUGAGUCUGCGACUACGUACUGGAAGCCAGUUGCCAUCGGCGCGAUGGUGUUUGUGGCAGUCAUAAGCUUCGGAGGCUGGUGGUACCAGAAACGUAUGCGCGAUCUGUUUGUGACAUUGGUGGAGACGAUUGACAUGGUUGAAUUCGAGUGCGAGUGGCCAUUCCGCCCCCGACCAACUCAGGGGACCAUGACGAACGGUGCCAUCGACGUGCAGCAAGACUAGUUGUUGUUGAAAGACCAGUGGCCAUUGAGGCUGUUUGCUCUAGAAGAACUCCACAGGCGAGCGGCAAAGCUGAUCAUGUCCCAAGAUCUCUCGUUCCUUCCGGUCAACAUUGUGAAUUUGUGUUGUUCCCUAACGCUUCUCCGGACAUUGGCG